UUGCUAACACCUGAUAAAGUUAGGUUAUGUUUACCUGUAACUAAUAAUACAUUACCCGGUGCACAAGAUGAUCUCGAAACUGCUGUUUCCGGCGCUCAGACGCAGAAACCCAUUGGAAGUGAGGAAUUUCAACGCAAUAUUCAACCGAUACAAAAGCACGAAGAGUAGUUUAACGAAAUCUUCGGCAGGGUCAGAGGUUGGAACUGAUGUAAGACCUUUGGCAGAGAAGGUUAAAGAGACGACGAAGACUGCAUCUUACUUGGGUGUUAUACUGCUAGGCGUGGGUGUCACCGGCACUCUGUUCUAUGCUGUAUUCAAUGAGUUGUUCUCGAGUCGUAGCCCAAACAAUAUUUACACAGCCGCUGUGAAAAAAUGCUUAGCAGAUACAAGGAUUGAAGAUAAAUUGGGGUAUCCCAUUAAGGCUUACGGUGAGGAGACGAGGAGAGGUAGGAGGCAACACCCGAACUACUCAGGGUUCAUCGGAAAAGAUGGAAAGAAGCACUUGAGGAUGCAGUUCUAUUUGCAAGGCACUUACCAUAAGGGAACGGCGCAGUUGGAGAUGAUCGAAAACGCAUCUGGGGAUUUCGAGUAUCGCUACUUGCUGGUGCAGGUCGACGACAUGGCUAGGAAUGUGAUAGUUUUAGAGGAUAACAGAUAUCAGACGGUGCAAGCGCCCACCGAGCUUCUCAUGUGAUCAACCAAAUUUUUUUUAUAUAUAGCAAUAGCAAA